AUGGCAUCACCAAAUUAUGAUCGAGGUCGAUGUUUACGUUACAAGUCAGAUUUACAGAAGACACCUCUUCUGCCACCCACAUCAACAGUUCCAGUUGCCACUCAACGGCAUAGUUCACUAUUGGUGUGGGGAUCUGUCUCUUUACUUCUUCUUCUUAUAUUGAUUAUUUUUCGUCGUCGUGAUGAUGAUGAAUCAAAUGAAAAUGAAAUAAAUAAUGAUCAAGAACACGUUGAUGAAUCUUUAGAAGAAAAUAUUCAUGUACGAGAACCAUCAGAAUAUCGUUUAUCAGCUGCUCGAAUAUUACCAACAAUAACUGAAGAAAAUCCAACAACAACAAUAAUAACACCAUUAAAUUCAAAUUUUAAGUUUAACCCUCCUCAAGUAACUUCAAUAAAUACAAUACCAGCAUCUGCAUACGAUAAAGAAAAAUUAGCUUCAAAUUAUUCAGAUGAGAAUGACAGACCUCAUUCAUCAUCUACAACUCUACGUCAACGAAAAACAGAGAUUAUUGAUGAUGCAGAUGAUUUUGUUCAAAUACCUAGAAUAGUACAAGAAAAAUCGUAUCAUAAACAUGAAGAUAUAUCUCAACUAGCCGAUGAUAUAUCAGUAAUAACGAAUGAAUCCGGUCAUCCGGUGAUAUUUCGAAAACUUUGUCUACCACAUGAAAAUGCAAUUAGAGAUGAUUUUUCAUCGAUAGAAGAGGUUAAUCAAGCUGUCAAAGAUGUUGGUUUGGUUCGUUCACAACUUAUCUUUGGUAUUGAUUAUACAAUAAGUAAUCUAGAAACAGGCAAACAUUCAUUUAAUGGUUUAUCAUUACAUCAUAUAGAAGAAGGUUUACUUAAUCCAUAUCAAAGUGUUAUUACUAUCGUUGGUCGAACAUUAGAAAAAUUUGAUUCUGAUUCAUUAAUACCAGCAUUUGGCUUUGGAGAUCGAACAACACUUGACCGCAAAAUUUUUCCUUUACGUCCAGAUGGUACGUAUUGUACAGGUUUUCGUGGUGUACUCGAUGCAUAUAAUAAAAUAACUCCAAAAGUACGUAUGUCUGGUCCAACUAAUUUUGCUCCAUUGAUUAAGGAAGCUAUUCGAAUUGUGAAGAAAACAGGACAAUAUCAUAUUCUUGUUAUUGUUGCUGAUGGACAAGUUACAAAUGAACGACAAACUAAAGAAGCUAUUGUAGAAGCAAGUAGUUAUCCAUUAUCAAUUGUUAUGGUUGGUGUUGGUGAUGGACCAUGGGAUGUCAUGAAUGAAUUUGAUGAUUCAUUACCAGCACGACAAUUUGAUAAUUUUCAAUUUGUUAAUUAUAAUAGUGUAGUUCAAGCAACAGCUGAUACUGAUACGGAUUUUGCUUUACAUGCACUUAUGGAAAUACCAUCACAAUAUGCAGAAAUCAAAAGACUUGGUCUUCUUAAAGACAGUUAG